GCUAAAUGUCCAAUUUCCGUGAGGUCAGAGGCAGAGUGGUAGCGAUGUCAUCGCAUUUCCUUGCGCUAUAAGAAGGUCCUCUUUGGGACAUGAUUUCUAAGUCAUCUGACCGUCUACCGGAAGAGAGAAGCAGGUGAGUUUAAGGGAGGUAAAUAUUUUUCUUAAAUCGGUAACAGUUUUAUAUUUUCAAAUUUAGUAACUGUGUGCAAGACUAAAUAUUAUAUUUAAAUUUGUCUAUAAAUGUGCAAUUAUUUGGAUUGUACAUCAUGGUGUUUAACUUUCUUUUGGUUUGUUUGUUUGAUAACGUAACAAAUACAUAUUUUUGUUUAAUUAAAAAACAUAAAAAUAUGUAUUUUAAGUUUAUUUUUGGGGGGAUGUAAUUAUUAAUUAUAUAUAUAUAUAUAUAUUUUUUUUUCAUUUUUUUAAAUUUAUUUUAUUUUUUUAAAUCUUGACAUGAGCUAUUUUUAAAAUGUAUGUCUAUUUUAUGUGUUUAUUUUUAUCAGUGUUUUACAUGCAAUUUUGGGUUUGGCGAGGGUUUUGGUUUAUUUUAUUUUUUUUUUGAAAUUUUCUCUCACUUAAAAUGCCAGCUCCACAUCCAUGGCAACUCUCCAUAAAGAAAGACAAACACAUCUGUCAGGUGCAAUUUAUACACAAAUCAAAGUAAUGUAGUAAAAGAUUAAUGAACCCCCUCUUAUUAAUGGGAUUUAAUUUAGUAAACACAGGGAUCUUUUAGUCAGGAUGCAGGCUGUAUGGAGAUGAAUUCCUAAUUCGUCUUCAGCAAAUCAACUGGGGUCCCAGCCUUGCAUUAUUCUAAAAAUUCAAUUUAAUCCACUGCAGGUCAGUUCUUUUAUGGUUUGGACGAUUCUUAUAAUCUAGUGGGAGGUUUGAUUUGUUAUUUUCAUGCAGAUUCAAUUCAUGGUGUAGACAGAUGACCUCUUUCUUUCUGUUAACUAAAUCAAGUUAAUCUUUGAGUAGACAAGUAAUUUAUGGCCAUGAAAAUUCAAUAUAUAUAAUUUAUGCUGAUGGGAUUUUUUUUUUCUUUUUUUUACUCUUAUAGUAGAAGACUAAACUGUAUUCAAUUUGGAAUGUAGCCUAAAAAAACAAAAACAGGAGAAAAUGCUCAGCAUGUUCCAAAUUGUAAAUAAGGAAAAAUCAAGAGAAAAAUAAAACACAUUUAAGAGUUUUCCAGAAAUAUAAAACCAGACAAUAUUAAAUUGUAUUAAAUUGUCCGCUCUUUUAAAAUAUGAUAAAAAGCGGUAUAUGAGAACAUUUGAAAUGUUUUUUAUUCUAGGAAAAUUAGGAGAGGAGCGACUGGAGAAUGCUUGCCCUAAAUCGAGAUGUUAUUAUUAUUAUCGCCAUGGAUAUGGCGCCAACAGAUUCCUUAGCACUUUACAGUAUUAUAAGAGGGGGUAUUUAACUAUAAAUAGGACAAUUACAAGAAAACUUACAGGAACGAUAGGUUGAAGAGGCAUUAGUUGAUUUAACGGUAACAUAUUGUGGUAGUGGAUAUAUGGAGUGGUGUUACAGCUGAAAUGGUAGAUGGGAAGGUAAGUGAGAAAUAAAUAUAGUCAGCACAGGGUUAUAAAUGGUAAAAGUCUAUAUUUAAAAACGGGCAUUGAAUUUUAAAUUAGGAAAUAUUUCUCUAGUUGUGAGUUUGAAUUUUUAUCUGUCAUUUGUAUAUUAUUAUAAUCAUUUAUAAAGCUCCAACAAAUUCUGUAGCACCGUACAAUGGGUGGAAUACAAUAUACAUAUAUAUUAGGAACGUAGAUAUUUAUGGAAAGUGUAAGCUCUUUGGCUCCUUAGAUUAUUCUCUGUUGUUUGUUUGCUGUAAUCGCCUGUCUGCAUUUGUUACAGGAUAUUUUUAGGAGGUUAUAUUUAGAUGGUUUAUUAUUAUUACUAUUAUAUUUGUGUUACGUAGACAAUGAAGACUUCUAGAUGGGGAGGGAAAAGGGGGGAAUUAUUGCUGUGUUUACUAACCAGACACUUAUUUAAAGAUGCCUUUAUCUUCACUUACCAGAUCUUUUUUUAUAUACAUUGAAGGGGCUUACUCAGACUUUGGAAACGCAAAGCCACUAAAAGUCACCAAUAUGAUGAUAUCCAAUUGUUUUUGGCUGAUUAUGUCUGCCACUGUCCAUGUGUCACUUUAUAAUUAAUGGACAUGGCUCAGAAGUACUUACAAGAUUCUAGGGCUCCCUUAGCAUGGGUUGGCAAUGUAGAACGAUUCAUACGUUCUAGAAUACGUUAUGUUGCAGGCUGAGCCUCCUUGGAGCUAUGUUCAGCCGUAUCCAGUGAUAAGGUCUGCUGGUUGAGAAACACAAACAGUUACAGACAAACGGAAGGCUUGGCAGCCUGGGAUUAACUGUCUAUAGCAUCUGGAUGGCAAAUAUUAACUUUCUAUAUUUCCAACUAUUGCAGCGUUUGUCUAAAAUGUAAAAUCCUAAUGUCAGUUAUCCACACUUCCCCAGAUCCCCAAUCUGGCAAAGCAUCAUAGGAGUUGUAGUCAAACAGAAUUCAGUAGUGUACUUUUUGGGCAUAUAUGCUUCAGUAAUUACUUAUAAAUGGAAUCACAAUUUAUUGCCUGUACACAUAUACAGUAAAUUGGAAUUGUUAGGAAUUAGCUAAGAAAUUUUACAUCAAGAAAUCUGAACUGAGUUUUUUUGCAGUUUGACUAUAUUGGCCCAAAAUCUAAAAAUGUUCAAAUUCUGAUCAUUUAGAGUUAAAUGAAUAUUCCAAAGAGAAUUGAAACCCAGUUUUACGCCACAGUAUGGAGUUGGAAGAAUUCUCAAAAUUACAAAAUGUUAAGUCAGCAAGAGGAUGAUGUGUGCAAUAAAUCCCUGCCGUUCACAAACAAACCGAUAAAAAGGACCAUAACAUAGAGUAUUUCUUGUCAACACUGUAAACCCUCUGUUGUCUGUGGACAGUGUGAAAAAACAACCUUGAGACUGUGCAUGUGGAAUCCGCUGUAUCAUAUGGGCUAAUAAAUGCUUGUUGGUGUCCUGGCUGAGCCUAGGUUUGCUACAACUAGCGAGAUCAUAUGGACUACUGACAAAUAGUUUUCUGAAUGGUUAAAAUUCUCCCUUUCUAAAGGGAUCAAGGCACGUAUGGCAGCAGUAAAAAAUGAGAAAAGACUUGAGAACACAGUAGCAAAGGAAAAAGAACAAAACAUAUAAAAAAAUGAGCAAAAAAAGUCAGGCAAACACACAUUUCUUUCCAGUUUGUACAUGAUUCAGAAAUGAUUGACAUUAUCAUGUCUGAUCUUUAGGAGAUCAACCUUACCAACAGCAGUAAUAAUUUCUACAAUCUUGUUUCAAGGAACACUCCAAGAUCCAUAGCCAAUAUAACGUAGUAAUUAUAGUGCCAGGACUCCAUAUUAUAUUUUUAAUAAUAUUUUUUAUUUUUUUUAUUUUAUUUAUUUAUUUAUAUUUUUUUGUGAUUAUGCCUACUUAUCCCUAUAUUAAACUAAAAAAGUAUUUGUGAGGUGGAUGAUGGAGGCAUUUUAGCUCCCUGACGAUCAUUAUUAUAAUGGGUUGUGAUGACAGUUGCUAAAUCUUUAAAGUGGAUCAGUCACUUUUGGGGGUGGUUAAAUUUUUUUGCUAAAACCUCUGAAGGUGACAUUUCCUGAUCUGGUCCAGUGGUCAUGGAGUGCAGUGGAAUGGAUGGUAGGUUUACCUGAAGCUGCCCCUCAUGGUUGCCACCAUCUUCUUCCUACAGACAUUCUUCGUCUUCUUGAGCAUCUUCUGCCAAGAGCUGCGUCAGUACGGUGCUCUUGCACAUACGCAAGAGAACAAGACUUAGGUAUAUGGAGGAUCCAGGAGUCUCCAUAGACCACAUUUUAUGAUGAGCAAGAGGAUGCCUGAAUCCCACAGUCCUGACUUAUGACAGCUGCUGGGAUUGGACAUCAGAGCUCUGUCCUUUAUCAACGUUUGUCAACCUCAGACCUUUACUUUGUCUUCUGGUAUCGUUGGAUUCCAUUGGAAUUUCAAUUAAAUUAUAACGUUGUCUGCUUGAGUAUUUCAUAAAGAUUAUAUCCUUAUAAAAUGCUCCAAAGUAACAAAGUUGCAUUCAUAUAAAUUGAAAAAAGAACAUGACAUCAACAUUAUUUAAUACAAUGUUUUAUUCAACGGUGUAAUGCCCAAAGAGGUGGCAGCUUCUAGACAGCUACUUGUUGGCUUUCAUUAAGGAUCUACUCAAGAAACUGUGAAUUAUGGUUAGGUUGACACCAAAAAUCUCAUAUCAUUAUCCAUACCAGACCGAUAGAGAAUUAUGGGAUUUUGGAACUGCUAAACAACAAGACAAUGACUUGCAUGACAAGUGGACUUUAAAUUUAAUGUUAAAGUGUGAAAUAAAAAAAAAAGUAUUACUGAGGCUUGCUGACUCAAAUGUACUGGCAUGGGUACACAUUUUACUGCUGAAUAAUGAUAUAUUUCCAUGUUCAGCAAAAGCCCUACAAAUGCUGCAACGUAUGACGUUUUACGGAAAGUACCAAUAUAUUGAUUUCCUGCGCCUUUGCACUUUGUUCCUGAACGCAAUCCGCAACAGAUUCAUAACAACCGCAAUGACGACAGAAGCGAGGACGAUAAAAAAAAAAAUUGUUGCCUGCAUUUCUGAGAAACAGUCUCAGAGAUAUAUCUUCUAACCCAUCUCCGGUUUUUGUGUUACACCCUACUGAAAUAGUCCGUAUUGAUUAAUGCAUACAUUGCAUUACUGCAUGACCGCAUAUUAGCCAUCUCUACCGUAAACACAUUACACAUACUGCUUCUAGUAAAAUAUGUAUGGAAAACCUUGUGAAAGUAUUCAGACCGCUUCCCGAUUCUCACAAUUUACUGAAAAACUGUCAAUUGAAUCUUUUAAUGAAAAUAAUUAAAUUAUUAUUUUUUAAUAUAUAGAAAAAAAUAUAGAAAGAAAUAGCACUCCAGGGACUUGUAAAUAUUGUGAAAAUAAAACGUAACUUUUGCUUGCCAAAAAAAAAUCGACGUUUCAGUUCUCACACUUACUUUCUUCAGCAUAUCCUAUUUUUUCUAUAUUGUUGUAUAAUUUUGCAGACCAGUAUCGGGCCUGAUAUAUUAAGACACCCUGGAGUGCAGGCAUAUGGAUUAUUAUAUAUAUAUAUAUAUAUAUAUAUAUAUAUAUUAAAAAGAAUUAUGUAUUAUUAUUAUUUUUAAUUAUUUAGAAACUUUUUAAAAAUAAUUAUAUAUAUAUAUAUAUUAUUUUAUUAUUUAUAUAGCGCCAUCAGAUUCCAUAGCGCUGUACAAUAUAUAUAUAUAUUUUUUUUUUAUUUUUUUUUUAUUUUUUUAUUAUUAUUAUUAUUAUUUUUAAUUAUUAAUUUAUUUAUUUUUGCCACACAUAAAUUGUGAACAGAUAACAGGGUUACUUACUGAAGGGAUAAUUCAAAGUAAAUUUCAAAUUUGAGGCAAAAGCAACCCAACUGACAGCAUAGCUGACUUAGAGAUUUUUUUUCAGUUUGUCUAUUUUGAACUUAAAUUUGAAAUUCUGUUUAAAUUCUCACUUUAGUGAUCAACCCGGUGUGAGGCAGACACAGAGACUCUUAAACUGUUCCUCAUAAGAGUUUGUUUAUUCUACAUAUAAAUGAACAUUCCAUGUAGAACCUACAGAUAAUUUUAAAAAAAAUACUCAACCCUUUUUGGAAACUCAAAGUUUAGACAUGUGAAAAAAAAAAGCCUUAACUACAAUAUAUUUAGGCUCUAUCUUAUGAGACACUAAAAUAAUAAUUUUUCUAUGGAUUAAAGUCCCUCUCUGGAUAAGGAUCCUUGGUCAGGUCUGCAGAUCUGAAGGAAUGCUGUGACAACAAAAAAGAAAAUGGUCAUAACAGCAGUAAGGGAUAGAAUACUCAAAUUACAUCAGUUAGGAUAUGUUUUAAUCAGGACUAUCAACGUAUUUAGCUAGUCCUGUUAGCAAUGCAGGGUCAAUUAUUUGGAAGUGGGAGCUAAAUCGCACCACUCAGAAAGACACUGACUAGAAAGGCUGUCCUGAAAAACUCAGCGGCCAGGCAAGGAUGAGACUUGUUAGGGUUUCCAAAAAGAGUCAAUAUUAACCUUAAAGGAGCUACAGAAGUCAGAGGCUGAGACUGGAAUAAAUGUACAUCAAUCAAAACAUUACUGCAUAAAACAGGCCUCUGCAGAAGGGUGUACAAAUAUACACAAUUAAGCCCUGUGCUUAAACUAUACCCCAGAGGCCAGAAACAGAGAGGGUUAUAUUUAUAAAUCCCAUACAAAGUAAUCAAACCUUAAAAGGGCACACAUGGGGUGUAACAUGGCUAAUAAUCCCUUAAAAGGGCACACAUGGGGUGUAACAUGGCUAAUAAACCCUUAAUAGGGCACACAUGGGGUGUAACAUGGCUAAUAAGCCCUAAAUAGGGCACACAUGGGGUGUAACAUAGCUGAUAACCCCUUAAAGGGCACACAUGGGGUGUAACAUAGCUGAUAACCCCUUAAAAGGGCACACAUGGGAUGUAACAUAGCUGAUAACCCCUUAAAAGGGCACACAUGGGGUGUAACAUAGCUGAUAACCCCUUAAAAGGGCACACAUGGGGUGUAACAUGGCUAAUAAACCCUUAAUAGGGCACAGAUGGGGUGUAACAUGGCUGUGUAACGCUAAAGUCAAUGGCACAGAAAGUAUCCCUAGACCAGUGAUGGAGCCUUUGUAUAGAUGAGCUUAAUGACUGGCAGUGGCUUUGCCCUUAAUUUGCCUCACUUCUGGAAAUAGUCACACUGUUUUUUUUCUAGAAGACCAGAGCAGCUGAGCUGAAAACAUUACAUGAUGACUUAGAGAAUUUUUCCAGAUUGGCUUUUUUAAUCCUUGAAUUUGAAAUUCACUUCGAAUUCACCUAAAAUUCUUAUUCUAGUGAGUUUCAAAUAGUUUAUUAGGGCAUAAUAAAUACAAAAAUGAUUGAUAUUACCUAGCCUUUAAUGUUGGAUAAAACAUGGGACGGCCUUAUACUAUGAGGAUGUUUUAUUUAAUAGUUAUUCCAAGUCGCUCGUGGCUUAAUACUAACUGAGAACAUUGUCAUACACCGCAUUCUGUGUGAGUCAUGGAAGCUGUAGUCCACCACAGAUGAAGUACGACAGAUUGUUUUUUUUUUAACUAAUAAUUUUGAUUUAUCUAGAAAUUACUGUCUAGAUUAGGCUUACCCAAACUCCGGCCCUCCAGAUGUUGCUGAACUACAACUCCCAUGAUUCUAUGAAUGAGAUAGGCUGAGAAUCAUGGGAGUUGUAGUUCAGCAACAUCUGAAGGGCCUCAGUUUGGGGAAGCCUGGUCUAGAUAAAUGAUAGAAUUCCCCAAAGUUACAUAAAACCUCCCAAUGUUGAAAAGUAUGAUAAGGGGCGGGUGGGAGAGAAUGGCUAGUGGCGCAAGGCUAAUGAAUUCCAUUUUACUGUGUUCAUGGUGUGGCAUCAUCUUUAACAGUAACACCAGGAGAGUUUUUGUACGAAUAAGGGCAUGUUAGGUUUAGGGACUGCUGACAUUCUCGCCGCAGAAUUUUGUCCAAAUUUAUACAAAACUGACUGCUGAAAGCAAUAUGUCAAGUGUAGGACUGAGCUAGAGGCACGUGGGGGUCCCAUGGUUUGACACAAAAUCUUGUGAUGUGCCAUGUGCAUGCUAUCUUCAUCUGUAGUAGUUAUGGUGUUUAGAGUGCCCUUUAACUAUUAGCCCCCAAACUUAAUUCCCCUAGUCCUAAAAACCUUUAUUCCCCCUACCAUUAAAAAAGUCCUCACCUACCAACCUACUUAAUGGGGUACACUACUGUCACUACAGCACACGAUACAGUCCUCAUUAUCACUAGUGCUCUAAUGACGCUGCUAUACUAUCAAUGUUGACAUGCUGAUUGACAGAAUCAAAGUAAAAUGCUCUCUGCUUUGCAGGCUGUUAUAUGACAAAAUGUGAAAUGUAUUUACUGAGCUCAUGUAGUACAAAGGAAGGGUGGUUGUAGAGUAUGUCUGCUACAUGAUUGUAGUAAAAUCAUUACUCCACAGCUAGGUACAUUUAUCAUGUGCCACUCUUUAAAGGGGAAAUCAAGUCACUUAAAAAAAUCAGACUACAAAGCCCAUCAUCCUCAGCCAGCAAAUGCAAUUAUAUCACUGCAAGUUGUAUUUCCCAUUUGAGUGUUGAAAACCCUUAUUCCAUUAAAAAAAAAAAAAACAAGACAUAGGAGCAGGAGCAGUUCACCAUUACAUUAUUUAUCCAUAUGGAGUCGUUUUAUCCUUGUCUUGUCCACGUUCUACAGUUUUUUAAUAUGAGAUGUCUGCGUUUAUUCUUAAACGUCUAAUGAUCAUCGCAUGUCAGUUAUAAACAUUCUUAUACUCUCAGAGAUGCCAAGUUAGAUGUGGGCAGGUCCCCUAGUGUCAAUAACCAGAAACUGCAUCAAAUAAUGUGGGUCUCACUGCAAGUAUUUCAAAUUGAUGUUUCUAUGGAACAAGGGGGUCAUUUACUAAACACUGAAUUGUACUAAGUUGGAAACCAAAUUGCAAAAUGUAAGCCAAUCUAACUGAUUUGGAAAAAUUCUCCAACUUGACUAUAGUCACAACUCAGUUGUGCAAUCCAGAUUUAAUUUGAAUUAAUUAAGUCAUAAUUAUGUAGGCAAAUAGUGCAGUUAUGGACCCAGCAGUUCUCCCCUUGUGUUAAACAUUCCUCAAAGUUCCACUCACUUAUUUCACAGGACAAAUUUCAAACCCUGUUCUAUUGAAGGUCACUGUAAUGUCCCGUAGUGGGUAAGCCUGGGACAUCGUUGUUUUUUUUUUUUAAUUUUGAGAUUGACCUGGCAAGUGUGGAUGACGAGAUUAAAAAAAUAAUUAAAAUAGGAAAAUGGUUUAUAUGCCAACAAAUAAUUAUGAGCUGUUUCAUUUUUGGUUUUAGUACACAUAGGUUUUCUGCCCAUUUUCAGUAUGAAUCGUCUCACUACAUUAUUAUUGUUGACAUCUUUACUUCCUUUUUACCGUCAUAACUCAAGAAAGGUAGUACUGAAGAAAAAAAAAUUGGUGAUUUCCCUAGUGAAGUAACGACAAUGGCGAACAGACACGCAGCCCACACUUCUACACUGCUCGCCGGUGACAUUGGAAGAUCUGGCCUUGUCCCAGGUGCCUGACAUAUAACACCGGAAUUUGAUUUUAUGCUGCGUUUUGAUGUGUAGUGCCUGUUGGUGGUUAGCCACAAGACACUUACUCUGUGCAAAGAACAGCUUGGCAUGCCUUCAAACACUCGGGGCAAAAGCAGACAUCUCUUCACUACGUGUUUUGCUUUGAGCCUAUAAUCCCAUUCCACAAAACAGGUGCAAAAGCUGAUCCCACUCCAGAGUAGCUUCAGCGAAAGGAAAACAAACAGGACCCACAAAUACAGUACAGCUGCUGCCUCCCAAUCUGUCCCUACCAGAGGACACUCUACGGACUGGCCCCUGGAGUUCUUCAUGAUACCCCAAAGCAGGGAAGAGCCACCGAAAACAUGCAGAACAUUCGGCCUUUAAUGCUACUUAUUUGGCUGCUACACCAGAGCCGGUGCCGCUUUAUUUUAGAACUGGGGGUUUCGUAAGAUAUAAAUAAAUGGAUUAAAGUUUGUUUUGGUUGUUAUACAGCCCGUUAAAAGGUGGAAUUACUAAUAUGUUGUCAUAUUGUCAACUAUUAUGUUUUUUCUCUUUUUUUGGAGAGUAAGACAAGAGAGAGUGGAUGGGGGUCAGGUUUGGAAUUGUCACCGUGACUGUGGAGUGGUUGAUGGAAUACUUGUUUCACUUACAGACACACUUGCACUUGUGUUAUACAAAUAAACAACACAAGAAGAGCUAUCUUAACGGACAAGUGGAAAUGCUGGGCAAAGAAAACACAUGGUGCUUUAGUCUGAAGAAGUCUAUAUCUCUGUGUCUCUUUCUUCUUCUCUCACCCCUCAACUCUCCCUCCCCUUCUCACUUUCUCUCCCCCUCCCUGUUUGUAGAUGCCAAAUUAUCUUUUGCAUUCACAUUGCCUCUAGCUCUCGUUUUUUUUCCCCGAUCUCUUUAUCCCUCUUGUCUUGUACGGAUUCAAUGCGAUGAAACAAACGUCACUUUAAUGAAGAACUUCACAGUUCAUUAUUUUAACUCUACAUUAUGAUACAGAGUGUUCCAUGUCCCUUCGACUAUUAAAAAAAUAAAUUAAAUGCAGCUUCUGUAGUUACUCAACUUGACCAAAGUAGUAAAUGAAGCAGGUCAGCUAAGCUCACCCCCAAAAAACAUACCUUUUACAUUUACAGCAAAUUAAGAAGUGUAAAAUUAAAAGGGUAUCUAAGUAACAAACUCGAAAGCACGGUAUAGUGGCGAUGUUAACAAUAGUCUCUGGGCCCUGUUCCCUGGUUCUUUGAUCAACUGUUUUGGGGUAUGUUAACCCAGCAGUCACAGCCAAUCUCGACAUCCAGGCUGAAUGAAAUUGACAUUAAUAAUGUAGAAGUGUUUAUUUUUCGUUAUCUAUGUGUUGGAGGACGAAGCAGUCUCUGGGUACGUACGGGAUUUACCCUUUUUGAUAAAAACUAUACAAGACAGUUUGAUGAAGAAUUAAAGGGCAGAGCCCAGAGACAUAACCAUUAGACAGAGUUAUUGUGGUUAUGUUGAUUAAGCACACACAGAGCCCUGCUUAUUCUAAAAUAUACAAUUCAGCCUUCUGGGAAAGCCUGGAAAGCUAGUGUGAAAAGUCAAAGUCGGUCUGAUAUUGGCUUCAUAUAAUUCACAGCACCUAAGCAGGUCAUAGUUCAUGGUCUGACACAUCAUAGACUAAAUAUCACCAAAUAUCUUGUAUUUCCAAUUGUUUACUCUCAGAGAGUUCAUACAUGACCCGUAGCUUCAUCUUCUUACUGCUUCUUGUGUCUUCUGGAAUUUCUUCUGUGCUUGACGUAGAUGAGGACAUAUUUGCCCCGUCUUCUAAAAUAGACAGUGGUAGAUUAGGCAGUGAAGGAUUGAAUUGUUUUGGCACUUGUACAUUUUUAAUAUUGUUGGUACUGCUUAGGGCACUUGACAAUGUUAGGAGUCCUUUGUAAAGCAUUUACAGGGAAGAUGGAUCUUUAGUUACUCACUGUACCCCUCUGAUGUGAGUUAAAAGUAGGGUUCAGCGGUCUUUGCGUAUGCACAAGUGUACAUCACUGAAGUCUAUGGAGAAUCCCCCAAGUCCAAUGAAGCCUCCUUAGAUAACAUCUUGCAGUAAAUGAGAUGAUGCCUGAAUCCCACAGCCGUCACUCGCGACAGCUGCUGGAAUUGGACAAAAGUUGACGGCGGAGCUCUGCCUCUUGUCAACCAUAUACUUUACCAUAAGACAAAGUUGUCCCUGCUUUGACUUAUGGCAUCUUUGGAAUUUCAGUGAAAUGCCAACUCAGUCGGCAUCACUAUUCCAUAAAGAUUAUGUCUUAAUGAGAUACUGAGAAGUGACAGAGCUGCUUUAAUAUGUCUGUGCUUUUAAUACACAGUCUUAGUCUCAGCCAGAGGUUUGUGGUCAUUACUGUCCUCCAAUUUAGACUGAUUGGGGCUUAUAGGCAUUGCAGUUAGACAGCAGCUGGACUUCCCUACUUUGAAGAGCAAUGAGAGAAUUUGGCACCCUAUGUGUAAAUUUGCAAUUGAUAUUUUCCAUAUGCCACAUGUCAUGAAGGUUAAUUGGAAUUAAUAGAGCGAAUAUCUGCGCUGCAGAUGACUUCAUGCCAACGUGUAAUGGGGAUUUAUAUACAUUGUUGUGUUUUAUCCUCUUGAUUCCUCCUGCUUCCUCGCUGUCGCUUAUCAGUAGGACGUAAAGCUAUUCCGGUGCAAAAAUACUUUAUGUUAUUGUUUUGGCUGAUCACAUUUAAUGCCAGCUGCUUUAGAUCAGAUGAAUUGCCUCCUUUCUCCCAGGGACUUUUUUUUAUUCUUGGUUUUUGGAACCCAGAGCAAUCUAUUCUGUAGCAGGAUAUCUUCAUGUGCGUGGCAUUUGGAAGCAUGUCUUUCCAUCUGUAUUUCCUUGUAAGGAUUUGUGUUCCACUUCAGUACUUGGUAACCACACAAGACAAAACGUAGUUUUGUGCAAUUACUCCUCCAAACCCUAGAUUCGGACAACGCCAAUGAAAUAGCUGGUCCACAGCUGCCCCCUAGUGUCCCUUUUGGGAAUUAGGCCCACAAAUUCUUGCAUUCAGCUGUACAUUAAAAAUAGGAGGAAUGACUCUUAAGGCUGGAAAAUUAUCGUUUUUUUCUUUCAUGGGGAAUUUUCACAUGCAGUCCUUGAACUCUGUAGUUGUUUAGGCUGGCAAAGAAUCAUUGGAGAUGAAGUUCUACAUUAUUUUUGGUAACUACUCAUGCUCUAAUUUCUCCAGUUUGCAAAAAAAAAAGUGUUGCGAUACAAGUAUCCCACUGUCCUUGCGUGAUUCACACACACACGUGUUUGCUGCUCAUUAUUAUCCACGUGUGACAUUUGUCAUGUUUGUGGCAGCAAUGAACACGGCUCACACUUUCUGUAGACACCAUUUCAUCACUACGUACUGAAAUUGUUUAAAUUCCCAAAAUAUGGAAUUAAACAUCAAGAAAAUGGCUGAUUUCUUGUGACAUGUAUCCUAAAAAAAAUUUAAAUAGCUACUUGUUUAAUCUUUUAUGCCCAGUUGAUACAGGUAACCAACCUUCUAGGUGACAUAUUUGGUUUAAUAUGAAACCAGGAAAUUUGUACUCGCCUGAACAUGUAUGUAUUAUAAGGGUGCUGCUGGGGCCAAUAAUAUACAGAAUCCAGCGCACUCACUCAAUAAAUGCCAACUUCAAAGCUACCAAGAUUGAAUUUUUUUUUUUUUUAAACACCCCACUUAGGCCGAAUUAAUUGGAAUUUAGUUACAAUAUGUUAUCAUACAUUGCAUGAGCCUACCACAACCACAUUAAUCAUUCAUAUACAUUAAUCUAAUCACUAAAUACAAUCUUGAGAAAAAAAAACAAUUGAUUUUAUUUCUCGAGUCUAGCAUGAUUUAAGACAACAUUCUGAUCAUGGUAUUAUUUUUUAGAUAUGCAAAUAACAUGUGUGUAGGGUAUAUUAUUAAGCCUUUAACCAAUGCUGAACUAAAUUGUAAACGAGAAAUCACAAAAAUAUCUCAGGUAGGUGUUUCCCUCAAAAAUAUUCUCAGACGGGGGGGGGCGUGGCCAGCCGUGCAACUGAGCAGACGUGUUUGCAGGGAGCUCCUGCUAAACACACCGAAAAUACCCCUAAAAACGCCACAAAAAAUACACAGCUCACCCCACGACCAAGACAGGGGUGACACUGAACCCCCCUAGAGAGAGAUGGGGCGCAAGCACCGCAAAUUGCAGGCAGCGGAGGCUUCUAAACUUCCAGAUAUCAGGAGGUCAUUCGAUAGGCCGCAGCAGACAUCGCAGCCUAAGAUGGCGCCUGCCAGACCUCGAGGAUCCAGUGAGUCAGAGACGUCCCCAGAUGAAGAGGGCUCGAUGUCCACACGGGCCCUCAGCAGAGUUUACCAGAGAGAGGACUCCGACUCAGACACGUCGCCCUCCACCAAGGGAGACAUUAAGAGGCUCCUACUCGAGCUUCGGGGGGUCUGGAAGAAGGACCUAGAUGGGGUGCGAGGAGAGCUGGGCGGCAUCAUGACCAGGCUGGGAGCAGUCGAGACAAGAGAGAAAGAAAGGGACACAACCCUCACAGAGACCCAAGCUCACAUAACAGAUCUCUCCCAGCAGCUCCAGCGACUCACCCGGGCCGUCACUACAAUGGAGGCUAGGCACCGAAAGAAAAACAUACGAAUCAGAGGGGUGCCAGAGACGGUGGGACCAGAGUCUGCUCUGGAUUUUGCCAAUAAAAUGGCAGCUGUACUAGAGGUUAGAGGAGAGGGUGGGCUGCCACCCGUGUCCCAUGCGUUCCGCAUACGGAAGGCUGCAACAGCCCCUGUGGACGCCCCCAGGGACAUCAUCGCGGUCACCCGGAGCCAGGCAGUGAAGACAGCGAUGCUGACCAGCUCCCGGAGCACACCCCUCAUAGCUGUCGAAAACUGCCAAGUAAGAAUCUUUGAUGACAUACCCUUCGCUGUCCUGCUGGAGAGACGCAGAUUCAUGCCAGUCACCAAACUCCUCAGAGACCACGGAGUCAGGUAUAGAUGGGGUGCGUCAGGUACCCUGGUGGUACCACACGGAGACGCAGUGUUGACGCUGUCCGCGGCAGAGGAUCCGGCGGCCUUCCUAGAGAAGCUCCAAUUAUCACAGCCACCGCCCGCAGUGCCCACGGAGCACGGGACUUUACCACACCACCGAGAGGGAAGAAAACCCUGGCACAGCGACAGUGAAACGACGGCCACUACAUCAGCGCCCUCCAUAGGUCGGGUAACCCUGAAGGGAGGCAGCUGCUAAGAAACCUGACAGGCCAGAACAGAGGCCCAAAAGAGACUUAACUCCGGCUGCGCAACAAGAGACUAACCUCAAACAAUUUUUAUUUAUUUUUUUUUGGGGGAGGUGGGAUCUCACUAUUUUAAUCCCUCAGCUGAUGCUCCCACGGUUGUCUUCACUAUUAACCAUUUCAGAUCCACAGAGAGACGCUUUUACUUAAUGUGUACUAUUAGCACUGUUGACUAGAAUUGUACUUAUGUGACUUAACCCCAUAAGAGGUAAUUAUAUAUUCUACUGCAAAGCCUUAAACACGAUGCACUGGAGCUACCUCCGAGUGCGGUUAACGGAUCUGCCCUAACACCACAUGAGCUACCAAUGUGUUCUACCACUAUGUUCACUUAAAUGUUCCAAAAGUUACCUACAUGUCUUAACAAUACGUGCGUAUUACAAUUACACGAGCCGCUAGUGCCCUACCAAUAUGCACUACUUUUAACUUCGCAAGAGUCCCUCGGAUGAAGUACCACAAUAGUCAUCCUCUAAACUAAUGAGGGAGGUCAUUAUGCUUCCCACUUCUUAAUUCCUACACCCACCUGAGAGGGCACACCAAGAUUGUCUUAUAGUUAUUACCAUUUAAUGUCAUGUUUACUCUUACUCUUAUGCAUUGAAUGACUGUAUAUUACUAUUCAAACCAGUGGAGAUUUCUCCACAACAAAAAUAAAGAAUUAUAAAAAAAAGAAAAAUAUUCUCAGACUCCAUGGUACGGAGAGAUAGAUAUGCAAUUAAGAGACCAACACAUGCAUUAUAUUUUAUAGAAGUAUACAGGAAGGGAAGCAGCAUACUGAACCUAAAGACAUCCUACGUGGUCUUCCAUUUCCUGUAAUAGUUAGCGUUGAAAAUAUAAUUCAAAGAGAAACCAACAGAAAACAUAAAGAUGAAACAGAGAAUGAGGGGGCAUAAGUCAUAAGGGAAAAUUAAACUUGGUCGAGGGGAGCGUUACCAUGAGCAAUUCUUCUUCAUGCUCCUUUGUAGUAGAAGACCGGUGGCUGUGUCUAGAGUGGACAAGGUAAGUUUUAAGUCAGAUUGCUGUGCAUCUCGAAAUUAGGUUUUAUAUAUGUAUAUUUAUUCAAAUAGUAAGCAUGGCCACAGUAACCCUGCAGAAAAGCACAUGCCUAUGAGUUAAAAGACAACUACCUUCCAAUCACCAUGCGUAGGGUGUAGGGUGAGUCUCUUCUUAAAUACGUUUUAGGAACCAAUAGUUUGGGAAAUUAUCUUGUUGGGGUUUACAAUUCUUAGUCACCAGAUGUUUUUGAGCACUUGGCUUGACUUGAACCAUAUUUUUAAAGUUAGGGAUGCAAAAGAUACCAUGGAUUUUUCCAGACAAGGAGAAGUAGUCUAGAUUUCAGCCUUAGGCUGAAUUCACACAAGGCUCAAACGUGUAGAACCACACAAACAUAUGUUUUUGGAAACUGCUGUCUUGGACAAAUUAUACUUUUUCAGAUAUAAAAUAGAAUGGCCCUGAUCAAUUCUUGGCAUAUGGGUAUUCCUGGAGCCACUGAGUUAGCACUGAUGUCACACCACAGCUAAGCUCCAAAUGUUUUGCACGGGGUAUUAAACACUGUCAUUGUACCAAGGCUAGGGCUUCUUUUUUGUCUAUCUGCUCACUGCAUACAUUUUUGUUUUUUUUUCCAAGUAGCUAAAUAAAAUUAAAUAUUGUAAAAUAUCACCAGAUUUCUGAAUCCAUCUCUCUCAAUAGCGCCUGUUAUCUCACAUAGUAAAACUCAACUUAUCAUAUUAAAUAUCAUAUUGCUCAAGACUAUAAAGGACAAAACAGACACGGCUAAUAAAAAAAUUAUUAUUCUACAGUAUAGUGAAAUGACUGAUCACUAGUGUUAAAGGAUCAGGAUUUAGUAUUGUAUACGUCCAAUUUGAUGUAUAAAUGGCGUCAGGGUCAACUUUGCAAACUAUGGUCUUCUUCUAUGGUCUAUGGUCUUUUUAUUAAUUUUAGACAUGCCUUCUUUUAUUAAAGCACCUUUUCCAGCUUAUUGCCGUAGAACAAUUAAACAAACAUUUUGGCACUAGACAAUCCUGCAGUGCCCCCCUCCCUCCCCCAUCCCACAGUGCUGAAGGGGUUAAAACCCCUUCAGACACUUACCUGAAUCCAGCACUGAUGGCGCUGGGUCAGGCUCCGCCCACGCUCCUCCCCUGCCGACGUCAGUCAGCGGGGGAGACCUACUGCGCAUGUGCGCAAUGGCCGCGUGCAUAUUAGACCUCCCCAUAGGACAGCAUUAUUCAAUGCUCUCCUAUGUGGAUUCCGGCGACACUGGAGGUCGUCAUGCAUAGCUUGAGGACGUCUAGCAUCGUUUAAGCGACCAAAAAGUCGUUUUAUAACCCGGUCUAAUAGACAGCCACUAGAGGAGGACUUAACCCUUCAAGGUAAAUAUUGCAGCUUAUAAAUACUACAAUAUAUUUAUAAAAGUUUAUAAAAACUGCAAUAAUUACACUUGCAGUAUUAAGGGUGAUGGGAGUUGGCACCCAGACCACUCCAAUGGACAGAAGUGGUCUGGGUGCCUGGAGUGUCCCUUUAAGGAAAACAUUAUAUUAAAUAUUAUAGUAAUAGAUAUAUAGAUGAAUACAAAUUUUAAAACGAAAGGGCCCUAAUCUUUUGUGAGAUCACAAAAUGUUAUAUACACCAGAACUCUUUAGCUGCUAAUCCAGUCUUAUGGCAGUAGACACUUAUUACAGCUCUAACUUUACUAACUGUUUGGUGAUAUACUUAGAAAAUGAAUAAUAUGUGUAGCAAUAAGAAUUAAUGAUUAUUUACGCACAAAAUAAACUCUAAAUUGUAUUUUGUAAUGUGGCGUCUGUGUCUGUCUUAUGUGCAUGGAGUUUCCAACUUGCUGUCGUAACUCUUUCAUUGAGAGCGUGUCUGUUCCACACAUUGUAUUCGACAACACGUAGAAACUUCCUUUUUUUGUAGGAUGUUAUCUCGUGCAGACGUCUCAUUGAGGAAGUAACAUUCCUUGUGCUUGAUGGGUUUCGGUGAUGUCUAGUUCAUCUGCAAUGGAAACCAGCGUUGAUGCUAACUCUACAGUCAAUAAAAGAUUCUCCCAAUGUCAUGUUACUAUAUUAAACUCGCUCACCACUGAAAUAUUUUUAGCUUUUUAGAUUACAGAUCACAAAGGGAUAUCUUUGAAGGAACAUGCUCUUUCAUGACCUUAAAAGUAGUUAACUUUUUGGAUACCCAGUGGGACAGGUAUACCUGUUCAGUACUAUGCUGGUACAAUAUGAGGGAAAACAUUUGAGGCGAGUGAUGCCUCACAUUAAAAUAAACUUUAUACUUAACUAGAAUAUUUCAAAAUAUAGCAUCUGUGAUAUUUAAAAGUGUUUUUAUUAAGCCGUUGGAGUUAUUCACUAAACUGCGAAUUUUGGUAAUUUAUGGAAAAUUGACAAGGAAAUUCCAAAUUUUAGGCCAUAAUAGCAAAGCUUAAAGGACCACUAUUGUGCCAGGAAAACAUACUCGUUUUCCUGGCACUAUAGUGCCCUGAGGGUGCCAUCACCCUCAAGGUCCACUCCCGCCCGGCUCUGGGGAGAGGAAAGGGUUAAAACUUACCUUUUUUCCAGCGCCGGGCGGGGAGCUCUCCUCGUCCUCUCCUCCCUUUCGGCUGAAUGCGCACGCGCGGCAAGAGCUGCGCGCGCAUUCAGACGGUCUCAUAGGAAAGCAUUUACAAGCUCCUCUAGCGGCUGUCAAUGAGACAGCCACUAGAGGAUUUGGAGGCUGGAUUAACCCUAUUAUAAACAUAGCAGUUUCUCUGAAACUGCUAUGUUUAUAAAAAAAAGGGUUAAUCCUAGAGGGACCUGGCACCCAGACCACUUCAUUAAGCUGAAGUGGUCUGGGUGCCUAGAGUGGUCCUUUAAAACAUGUUAUGUUGUAUCUUUUUUGUAGAACUUGACAGCUGUUACAGUCUGGUCACAGCAUUAGUGACACUGGAACUUAGCAACAGAUGCAUGUUCUUUUUCCGGGUGCCAUUUUGUCUAGUUAAAUGCAUUUUAAGUAGUGUCCAGCUGUUACACUGGACUGCAUCAUGGUGCCAUAUAUCCAAGUCACAAUAUGACAUCCCUAGAUCUGGCUGCUUUGAUACAUGUCCCUAACAAAGAAUUUCAGAAUGCACAUGCAGGUUUUGAUUCAGCUUGCAAUGAAUCAUGUUUCAGCCUGAGAAAUGUCUGUUGACCUGAAUAAUUAUGUUGCUAGUCAACGCGUAAACUUCUAACUGCCUCUUGCUUUCGUUGAUUGUGCCUUUCGCUCUUUGUUUGAGUGCAUUUGUCAAAACACAUUAUCUUGUGUGUCUUUCAGGAAAAAAACAUUUUUAAAAAAAUUAUAAACUUUACCAAACAUUACAAACAUAACAACUCUUCAUUAAAAGGUCAUAUGCUUCCAGGCCUCUUACAAUGAGAUUAAAUUUGUAUUUGUGGAGCCAGCACAUUCCAAAUAUUUUUUAUAUCACAUUGUUGACAGGAAGAUUAAUGUUCUGUCAUAUAACACCAUAUAUAUUAUAUGUAUUAUAGCUGACCGAGAAGCCCAGAUGCCCAAGCCCCAAAGCUCCAAUGUUGUCCUUGCUCCAUCUGUGGACGAUGAACCCCAAUCGGAUGUUAAAGAUAAAGAACAGAGCACCCCAUGGAGCCGCAGGACUCCUGGGAUAUUUUCACAGCUGCCGCAGGUAAUGUACACCAAAUAACAGAGUCACAUCAGGGAAUUCCCUUGCUCAGUUAUCACCCAGAGCAAAAUGCAACCUUAGAUAACCCACUUUCUGGUAUAUGAUUAUACGGAAUGUCCCACCACUGUCUCAUCUAGAUGUUAUAGACCUAAAGAGACAAAUCAGGUGACGGUGACAGCCAUAUACAGCAAACAACCCCUUAGACACCUUUCUGAGUGCCUGAUGCAAUCUUCUGGGUAUCAACAGUUAAUGCUAACAGCUAACUGGCUACUGAACACUUAUUUAAUGUGCCAGUCUAAGGUAGUGGUGGGCUAGCCAUAACCUGUCAUUGUUGUUCAAAGUCAGAUGGCUAAUGCCGAAGUUCCUUUCAUAUGAGCUAAAAUGCAGCCGAGGACCUGGGCAAUAGGCUUUGGAGUGCCCAGGUUAUUGACAAGCCAUUCGAAAAUCAUAUCUUCAUACUAACAAGUUACAUUCUUUGCACCAUUCCCACUGCAAUGAGCAAUAGUUGCUAGGGUACUUACCAUACCUCUUUAACCCCUUAAGGACACAUGACGGAAAUAUUCCAUCAUGAUUCCAUGUUAUUCCAGAAGUUGUGUCCUUAAGGGGUUAAGAGUAAGAUUAGGUGAAAUCAGCCAUUUACUUUAUAUACAGACAAGGUCCAUCUGGACUGUUGGACUUUGCGUGUACCGUACAUCGUUUUAUAACAAUAUCAUGUUAAAAUUAUGGCAUGUGGACCACAAGUAUCCAUCAUUGGCAUUCUAGUUGUUAUUGAACUACAACUCAGAAUUCUCAGGCAAAUAGUUUUGAAAAUGUCUGGAAGCCUGCUUUCUGAAUAGCACACUUUACUCCUAAAUAAUAAGUUUAUUACUGUCUAACAUCUUUCUUUUGCAGCAGCCUCUGAACCCUUAUGUCAUGGUGACUCCUGCAAGUUCCCUCAGUUCUUCUACCCACAUGCGUGCACUCCUUCACGACAGUAAACAAGCUUUAGUAAUCCGUCCUGUAAGUAUAUAUAUAUAAAAAUACGCCUUUAGGGACAGCCCUAUGCCAAGUAUCAAAGUGUAACAAAAGACAAUACUAUAGUUCGGCUUGUGUGGGGUGCCAACAAUUUACCAAUGCCAACCAUUUGGAAGUUGCUUGCCGCUACAUGGAACCUGAAAAUUAAUUAAAAUUAAUUCUUGCAUUCUUCAGAAUAAACACAGAGAUUAGGAUGAGUGGCUAUUCACACAAAGCUAACAUAGAGUGCAGAAAAUUAUUGGCAGAAGAGGGAGAUUAUGGCAGUGGAUUUUUCUAGACUUGAGAUGGUGUCUUCAUUACCUUCUGGUAGAGUUUUAUGUCUAUAAUUUUCUGGGGGAGGAAUCCCCUUUUCUGGCCAGGGUUGGUGACUUUUGGAACAAUAAAUGGGAGGGGGGGUGAAGAGGGCGCACAUAAGAUACCACAAUUAAACUGGGUGGCACUAAUAAUUUCCACUACUAAAUCAUGCCACCAAAAACCCCCCAAAAAACUAUAUAGACUUAGAAAUAAACACACAAACAUAUUCAGAGGUGACAAGAGUAAAAACGGUAUUAUGGGGCUUAUCCAAAGAGCGCCGGUGUUUGACGAAGUUGCAAACAAAGGUGAAAUUGCAACAGCAACAAACAUCAGCGUCUCAAAACUAGAAAUUCAAACGACAGCAGGAGAAGCUUUAUCAGUAAAUCGUCUUCUGCUGCUUUUGUGAAAGUUUGUUGCCAUUGCACCAGAAUAACCCACUUGUAAGGGUUCGUUUUGCACCAUAACAACUGGGAUCUUGUUGUGCACUAAAUGCACAGCUCACUGCGUCUCCAUGCUGAUGCUGGGAUGAUAUCACAUCCCACUUCCCGGAAUCAGUACAUGUGUGCAAGCAAUGCAGAGCGAUCCCUCUGCGCCUGCUUCGUAGCAUUUGGCAGAGCAAACACUUACGAUAAAGUGCUGCUCUUACACAAUCGGUGAGUGAGGAAUAAUAUGGUGGGAGGGGUAGUUGCCCCCCCACCGUAGCGAAGCAAGUCAUGUGCACCUUUGCAUUUUAACCAUGCAUUCUCUCUCACCAGCCUAUCCCUUAUCCUGCAUUCAUAGCUCACAAUGUGACACAUCUGAUUUUGAGGCUGCGCCCAGUACAGGUUGAGUACUAUGCAGCGGCUGUGAAGUAAAUUCGUAAAUAAAAAAAGAGUUCCGACUGACAAAUAAUGGGUGGAGUGUUGCUGCAGCAGCAGAAAGCUAUAUCGCAAUUAAAAUUUUAAAAAAAAGCAACUGCACAUUUAUGUUGUGUCUGCUUUGGACCUACUUUAGAUCAUAGGCCUAGACCCGCCACUCUAGUAGCCUCUAUGUUAAUCUAGAUUCAGCCAAUAUACGGUUAGAAGGCGCUUAAAUGUAACAAAAAGUCUAUAUUUGAUGUAUGAUUCCUUUUAAUUCAAUAAUGAGCAAAAGUAUUACAUUUAUUUUUAAAUCAAUAAACGUUAAAGCAAUAAUAAGUAAUCUGGCUUCAGCAUCAUUAAAGGAAAACUUCAAGCACCAUAACCAUAACUCAUGGCACCAUAACCACUUCAGAAAACUCCAGUGGUUAUGGUGCUUGGAGUUUUCCUUUAAAACAUGCAGUAAACACAAAGCGCAGGUUAGCUCAUUGGGAAAGGGAGAAGGCGUGAAUGGACUCUAGCAAACAAACAAAUAAGCAGUGUAUUUGUGAGAUGUGAAACAUAAAACUACUUUUAAAUGAGCACUAUAGUGCCAGGAAAACAAACUCGUUUUCUUGGCACUAUAGGGUCAUUAGGUUCCCCCCCUCCCCCCUGCUUCAGCCACUUACCUUUCUCCAGCACUGGGCUCUGCGGAACUCUCCUCAUCCUGCCGACGUCCGUGCCGAAUGCGCAUGCACGGCAAGAGCCGUGCACCCAUUCAAACCGCCCAUAGGAAAACAUUACUCAAUGUGAUUGACAGUGAGAAUCACGAAAGCGCCUCUAGUGGCUGUCAGGGAGACAGCCACUAGAGGCUGGAUUAACCCUCAGUGAAACUGCUAUGUUUACAGCUACAGGAUUAAAACUAGAGGGAACUGGCACCCAGACCACUUCAUUGAGCUGAAGUGGUCUGGGUGCCUAUAGUGGUCCUUUAAGAAUCAAUACUUCAUUAUCAUCGUGUAACUGUGUGUCUCCAUCUUAGCUCCUAUAAGUCUUUGUUACUGUCUUUGUCCUUUCCACCCGGCUGUCCGCAUAGAGAAAGCAUUCAGAGAAGAGGAGAAACGAAACAAUGUUUCUAUUUAUCCUCCUAUUUGCAUUGUGUGCCUUGGCUGUGCCAGGAGUGACCUGGAUUGGGAUAUCCUUUGUUAAACCUUUAAUAUAGAUUUAAAGGAAAAUUGAGCAUCGAAAUAAAAGGUGAACAAGCUAAAGGUCAUUUUAAGUGUUAUAUUUAAAAGUUCAAUUUAUACAGCAAAGUAAUGGUUCCACCUUAAAGUGGUCGACACGAAAAUCUACUUCUUGUGUAUUAUCUUGUGUUCCUUUAGAAAUAUACUGUAUUGUAAAUAAAAAAAUAUAUAUAUUUUUAAAUGUAAAACCCUAGAAGGUUGUGUUCGGAACAGGACAGUGUGGGUGGUAUCAAAUUUCAUUCCAAGUUAAUAUAGAGAACUGUGUUAUGGCUUGCUAAUGUUAUUUUUGUCUUUGACAUGUUCUGUUAAAAUUUAUAUCUCUUUUUCUUGACUUGUCUGAUGUAAUCUUGACAUUGGGUGUAUUGAAGAUUUGAUGAAUAAGAAAAAUGAAAAAAAUAAAAAUAAUAAUAAUAAUAAUAAUAUUCUGCCUUAACAUGCCAGAUAGACAAUCAUUCAGUUUGUCUGGGUUUUGUACUUUGUAUAAAAAAAGAUCAGCAAGAAAAAACAGCAUAAUUAAGUGCUCAAAAAAAUCCCCAGGCUUGCCCUUGUGGAUAAUACUUGUUUUUGUUAAGACAAAAUAAAGGAAAUUGCAUACUAAAAUGCUGAGGUAACAAAAAUGAGAUUUACAUGAUAACUAGGUAAUAACGAGGAUUAAUUUAGGACAUUAGUCUACAUUUCAGGCCUUGGUGUCGGUGAGCGUUAGUUACUGCUUACAUAGAGAUUUAAAAUCCCCCUUGUCUUUAAAGAGUUAUGGUUCCAGGAAUGCCUUGGCGAUGUCCCACUGUAAUCUGUCAAACUGUUUCAGUAUUAUUUGAUAGUAACCUGUGUCCCAACAUGUGUACUACAGCUGGUCUUCCCAGAUCAGGAGUAGAGAUGUCGCGAACUGUCGCCGAACUGUUCGCGAACUGUCCGCCGGCGAACAAUAGCGUGUUCGCGUUGGCCGAACAUAUCCGAUUUCCGGUCCGCCCCCUAUACGUCAUCAUUGAGUAAACUUUGACCCGGAACCUCACAGUCAGCAGACACUUCCUGGGAGGGAGGGUCUCCUGCUGAUUGGGUGGAAUGUGUCUGCUGGCUGUGAGGUUCCGGGUCAAAGUUUACUCAAUGAUGACGUAUAGGGGGCUGACCGGAAAUCGGAUAUGUUCGCCCAACGCGAACACGCUAUUGUUCGCCGGCGGACAGUUCGCGAACAGUUCGGCGGACAGUUCGCGACAUCUCUAAUCAGGAGUAGCCUGAUGCCAGUUUUAUUCAAUUUUCAUUGGUUGAUUGAGAACAUUGCGCUGAUUCUAUCACCCAAUGAAUGUACACCGACAGGAAUUGGCUUCUCCUGUUCAAGAAAACCGGAUGUAGCGCAGGUACCCAGUGGAACUUAGGUAAGUGUCUGAUAGAUUACGCUGAGAUGGUGUCUGGCUACUCCUGGCACCAUAACCACUAUAGUGGGCUGUAGUAGUUAUGGUGUUUUUAAAGUUUCUUUAAAUUAAAUCAUUGAGUUCCCAUAUAUAUUGAGGUGUGUCUGCAAUUGUUAAAUUUUGUGAAUCUUUACCUACUUUGUCAACUGAGUUGCAAAACUUACUUUGGCAGCAGCAAAGCAAAGAUCCAUAACUAAUCACCUUGGCCCACUUAUCACCUUGCUCCGUUAGUGGAGCCCUAUAUUAAUAAAGUCAAUUUUAUGUUUUGGAAGGACAUUGUACAUUAAAAAGUCCUGAAAUCUUUUUGUUUAUUGCUGUUUAUAGAUUAACUUUAAGGUCACACACUAGUGGAUAAGAUUUUUCUUAAUUAUUAUUUCAUAAGGCAAUGUAAAUAAUUACUCUUGGCCAAGGUUUUAACUUCUUCAAAUAGUUUCUUUCUUCAUAAUAUACAGAGGUAAACAUGCCUAUAAAAAUUAUCUGAUCGCCUUGCGGGAACGUUUGAAAAUGACAUUUUCUUGUUGAAACUUAAUUUGUAUACGUCUGCAACUCAGUGUGUUCUGACGCGUUUGUUAUUAUUUGCAAAAUUACCAUCUAAUAUACUUAUUCCUUUUUAAAAAGGUUAUUCACUAAACCCCAGAAUAUAUGAACCGAAAUAAAAAUGGUGGAAACUAAAACAGUCAAGCUGAGAUGGGGAAUGUUUCCAGAUAAACUAUUUUUGCUUACAUUUUGCCAAUCUGGUUUUAAUUAGCUUCCAUUUGGAGUUCAAUAAUUAACUCUCUCUAUGGUUGUAACUGCUUGCUGAAUUGCUGUCAGAGAAGGAUUAAGAUGCUUUGGGCCCUAGAUUGAUAACCAGUUUGAGGCCCCCUCUUCAUUCCUCACAUAGGGAUGGUUAAUGGGGCCAAGCAAAUUCAUAGUUCCAGAACCCCAGUCUAACCCCAGGGCCGUAGGCAGUCGCCUAAACGCACCUAUUGGUUAAUCUUGCUCUGAUUGUUGUUACUGGAAUAAAACCGAUUUUGAUGAAACAAGUCAUGGUGUUCAUUCACAGGAUAAUCAAAACACAAAUAGCCUGGUUUUUUUGAUAGAGAGAUAUGAAUUCACAGCAAGCUGUGUUAUAUCGGAAUCACAUGCUGAGCUAUAAUUACACUGGUAUUUGUUUAUUCUUCAUGAUUAGGUUUUUUUACUUUAGUUGAUUGAUUUCAUAAGGAGUGUGAAAUUGAGUUGAAAUCUGCAAAAAUUAGAGACAUUAAUGUGGAAUUUCAAUCUUUGUCUUUUACACAGCUCUCCAGAGAUUCUGUCACUCAGUCCCCUGUUAUCCAUCUAUCCCCUGCUACAUCAUCGUCAAUACUGAACCUUCCACCAGCAAAGAUACUACCUGUCGUGGCAAAGCAUAAGCCUCAAAGUUCCAUAAUACAAGGCAUGUAUAAGCAGUUACUCUUCAUUUCAUUGUCAGAUGACAAGAAACUAUUAUCUAAAGUUUUAUUUAAUAAGCUUCUAGUUUAGCUACCAAGACAGGGAGCUAAAAACAAGGGACCACCAUACAUUCCCCAAUCUCGAGGCUUGAAUUAGUUAAGUUCUCAUUGAGUUAAUCGGUAACUCAUCCUGCCCUUGAAGAUAUUGGAAGUUCAACAAAGUCAGUAGCUGUUCACAACCGACACGAUCGUGUCUGGAUUGUAAAAUGAUACAACCGAGAUCAGGUUGAAAAAUAUCAGGACAAUUUUCAUCUUGAGAAUGCUUAGGGUCAAUUAACUGUACCAGAUUUUUUUUUUCUUAGUUAAAGUGACCAGGUUGAGCUAGAUUUAGCCAGGUCCACCUCACAGGAUUAGGGAAUAGAUUUACGGAGAUCUGAAUAUCAUUAUUGAGAGAUCACCGGGGAAUGUAAAUUUGAGAAAUUCAACUUCCAAUGAGAAUUGGAGAGAGGUCCUAAAUGUUUGGGAUAGCAUACGUCUCUCACAGAUUGGUAUCACUGGUGAUCAUAAAUAGGAGUGAUGUUUAAAAACAUUUUGCUUAUGUUCAUUAGUUUAGAGUUUGUUAAGUUAUGAUCCAUAAUUAGGUCCCCUUAUUUAAGAUAAAAGUUCAGCCAUCUCUCUCAAAACACUUCACUGCACACAGUACUCAAUACUGAGGUUAGUAAAGCGUGACAUGAAAAGUUGUGCCGCUUCCUCAGUUAUUAACUUUUGUUAGAACAUGUAAUGGCUUCCUAUAAAAUAUAGAGCUCAAUUUAAAAUUCUGGUUCUUGCUUUCAAAUCUCUACAUAAUGCUGCUCCCACCUAUCUAUCCUCCCUUAUACACAAGUAUGUCCCGUCUAGGCCCUUACGAUCUGCUGAAGACUUACGUCUAUCUUCUGUCCGUACUCCCACCUCUGAUGCUCGCCUUCAAGAUUUCUCGAGGGCUGCACUGUUCCUGUGGAACUCGCUUCCCUCCUCCGUUAGAUGCUCACCCAGUCUCCACUCCUUCAAAAAAUCGUUAAAAACCCACUUCUUCAUAAAAGCGUAUCAAUUAAACUGUUAAUAGCUCCUGACUGAUUCCUCUUCUGCAACUGUCACUAGUCUAAUACUAUCCUUACCUUUUUGUGUCCUUUUACCCCACUCCCUCUAGCAUGUAAGCUCAUUGAGCAGGGCCCUUAACCCCUCUGUUCCUGUGUGUCCAACUUGUCUGGUUACAACUACAUGUCUGUUCGUCCACCCAUUGUAAAGCGCUGCGGAAUUUGAUGGCGCUCUAUAAAUAUCAUAAUAAUAAUAAUAAGAUAAAAAUUAAGAUAUGACUUACAAUUCAUAGCAACAAUAAUUCAACAGUGCAACGUUAUCUAAAGAGAAACUUUUUCAACAACGACCAAUAAGCUAUUUUUAAAUCAUUAUUUAUUGAUAUGGAAACUCCACUGUCCACAUUAUUUUUUUUAAAUCACUGUUUAGUAGAUAUGCCCCUCAAUGAAAACAUGCAUGCAUGUAUUUACUUAUUUGUUUUUUCAUUGGGUGUGUAUCUAAAAACAGAUAGUAAACCCUACAGUCUUUGCAAGCCCUCCCAUUCUAACCCUGCCUAUACAAUAUGUGAGUGUCCAAUCACAGACUUCCCAAUGCAGCUCAAUGAGAAGUCUUAGCAAUGCAGGUGCUCUGAGCUAUUGCUGCCUCUUUAGUUUAGCUCCAUUGAGCUAAACAAACAAGGAAGUAACAAGACCUUUUGUCUGAUUGACAAGCAGGAGGAUGUAACAAGGUUCAUUCAAAUGUAUAUUCUAUUGAGAUCUGCACUUUUUGUAAAAUUUAAAAAAAAGAGGACACACUCCUCACACAUAAGUGAUUUCAUCAAGCUAAAGUGUUUUAGGGGUCCAGGGUGUCCCUUUAAAGAAGCAACAGUAUUUAUAAUGACAGAAUACACAUAUUUUUGUUGCAGCUUGAUUGCGGGAAGCCUUAUAAACUCCCGAAGUUUCCUUGUGUAAUCAUGCUUUCUCCAUCAUAUUAUAAAGUUACUGUUGCUUAGAGGUCUUUUCAUUUGUAAGCAACCUUUGGAGCCAAUGAGGCUGUUCUUAAAUAAACUUGCUUAUUUUAUGCACGGAAAUUACUGCAGACACAACCGAUGAUUUGUUUUUGUUUUUAAUUAAAACACACAAAAGGUUGUAUGGCCGCAGGUAAGAGACUCGAUCUGUUAAGCAUUAGGUAAAUUGAAUUUUACACACCCUAUAUACACAUAGUCUUUGAUCCUCCCUUCAGUUUUGAUUCUGUAAGCUUACACUUGGAAAAAUAUGUUAAAUAAUAUUUGUUUUGACACAGGAUCCGAUCUAAGUCUUGCAUGGGUCCAGGAAAAAACACGUUUUGGAAAAGCAGAAGAAGUCACACGGAUUAAGAAUGGUGUAGCAUCUGGAUCUCAGCACCAUCCAUCACCCCAAGACACGGAUACAUGCCACAAAAAACCCUUUAGUGAUGAGCAGAGCAAAGAUAGGUCGGUAUAGUUAUAGUGGGUGAUCAUUCUGUAUCUGGCCAUGCAUCUUCACUUGUCAUUAAAGGGACACUAUAGUCACCAAAACAACUUUAGCUUAUUGAAGCAGUUUUAGUGUAUAGAUUAUUUCCCUGCAGUGUCACUGCUCAAUUCUCUGCCAUUUAGCAGUUAAAUCACUUUAUUUAUGCAGCCCUAGUCACACCUCCCUGCAUGUGACUUGCACAGCCUUCCUAAACACUUCCUGUAACAAGUCAGCUAAUGUUUACACUACCUUCAUUGCAAAUUCUAUUUCAUUUAAAAUGUAUUAUCCCCUGCACUGUGGAUAGCUAGCUAGACCCCACAGAAGCAUUCUGUGUAUGAUUAAAGUUCACUUCAGAGAGCAGGCAAUAAGAACUUUUAAAGUAAGUUACAUCUAAUUGAAAGUAAAACCAUUUUUUGUUUCAUGCAUGGUGUGUGAGUCACAGCCAGGGGAGGUGUGACUAGGGCUGCAUGGACAGAAACAAAAGGGAUUUAACUCCUAAAUUGCAGAGAUUUGAGCAGUGAGACUGCAGGAUCAUGAUCUAUACAGUACAACUGUUUCCUUAAGCUAAAGUUGUUUUGGUGACUAUAGUGUCCCUUUAAAUCCUGUAUAAUUGGCAUUAUUGUAACCAACCCAGGGCCGGACUGGCCCAUCGGCAUACCGGGAAAUUUCCCGGUGGGCCGUCGGCACCUGGGGCCAGGCAGGCAGCUGGCUUACCUGCGGCCGCAGAGGGAGCUCUUUUGGCGGCCGCAGGGGGAGCUGGCUGUUCUGUCUCUGCUCCCCCUCCCCAGCGCGCCGCUUAAUGAGACCGGGGCUGGAAUAUGACGUCAUAUAAGCAGUGCGCUGGGGAGGGGGAGCAGAGACAGAACAGCCAGCUCCCCCUGCGGCCGCCAAAAGAGCUCCCUGUGCGGCCGCCAGAACAACCAGCUCCCCAUGCGGCCGCCAUCAGAGCUCCCCGUGCCAGCACACAGGUAGCAAUUAUGUGUGUCAGUGUGAGUGUAUGUGUGUGUGUGUCUGUGUCAUUUGUGUGUAUGUCUGUCUGUGUCAUGGUGUGUGUGUCUGUGUCAUGGUGUGUGUCUGUGUCAUGGUGUGUGUGUGUCUCUGCCUGUCAUGGUGUGUGCGUCUGUGUCAUGCUGUGUGUGUGUGUGUGUGUGUGUGUGUGUGUGUGUCUGUGUCAUCAUGUGUGUCUGUGUCAUGUGUGUGUCUGUCUGUGUCAUGGUGUGUGUGUGUGUCUGUGUCAUGGUGUGUGUGUCUGUGUCAUGGUGUGUGUGUCUGUGACAUGGUGUGUGUGUCUGUCUGUGUCAUGCAAUGUGUGUCUGUGUCAUUGUGUGUGUCUGUGUGUGUCUCUGUCUGUCAUGGUGUGUGCGUCUGUCUGUGUCAUUAUGUGUGUGUCUGUCUGUGUCACGGUCUGUCUGUCAUGGUGUGUGUGUGUGUCUGUGUCAUGUAAUGUGUGUCUGUCUGUGUCACGUAAUGUGUGUGUGUCUGUGUCACAGUCUGUCUGUGUUAUGUUGUGUGUGUUAAGGUGUGUGUGUGUCUUUUUUAAGGUCUGUGUCUGUCAUGGUAUGUGUGUGUGUGUGUGUCUGUCAUGGUAUGUGUGUGUCUCUGUCAUGGUGUGUGUCUGUCUGUCAUGGUGUGUAUGUGUUUCUGUCUGUGUCACGGUCUGUCUGUGUCACGGUGUGUGUGUGUGUUUCUGUCUGUGUCACGGUGUGUGUGUGUCUGUGUCACGGUCUGUCUGUGUCAUGGUGUGUGUCUGUCAUGGUAUGUGUGUGUGUGUAUGUGUGUUUUUACUCACCUUUUUUUUCCCUCCACGUCGUGCUGGUCUCCCCUCGACUGGUCCUGCCUCUACGGCUGAGAUCAUCAAGCUUGAUGAUCUCAGCCAAUCCGCACUGACACAGGAAGCACCUCUAGUGACCGUAUGAGUGUCUGUCACUAGGAAGCAAUAUAAACACUGCCUUUUCUCUAAAAAAUCAGUGUUUACAUUGAAAAGCCUGCAGGGACAGGCUAUAGACACCAGAGCCACUACAUUAAGCUUUGUGUGUGUGCGCACCUGCUAGUGAGUGGGCUUGAUUGUGUGUGUGCCUGCUACUGAGUGAGCUUGUGUUUUUAUGUCAAUUACCUUAUGUAAAUCAGUGAGAUUGUUUGUCUAUGAGGCUGUGUAUCAAUCAGCGUGUGUCAGUGAGAUUGUCUGUGUCUGCAUGUGAGUAUGCUUACUGUAUAAUUAAAAAUGUUACUCUGAAAGGACCAAUAUUGUAUAUUGGAAAAAGCAAUAUAUAUAUAUAUAUAUAUAUAUAUAUAUAUCAUCUAGGGUGGCAAGACAUAACCUUACAUAUUACAUGCGACAAUAUAUGGCGCAAUGACUUAUGGGGCUGGCAUAGCUUUUUUUUCCAGGGCUGCUUUGGAAUGCCCAGUCCGGCCCUGAACCAACCUCUUCUUCUGCUGAAAUGAUAUAGUCCUUUUCUCAGGAACGGGUUUUGUGUGAGAGUUCUUUGUUGUGUCAUUACAUAUAUUUGUGUAAUUGUAUCCCCCUAAAGAUACACAUUCACAGUGAGAGCAAACUAUGUGGAGCAAUUUCUUCACAGCUAUAAAAGUCCAUGCCAUUUAAAAUAAUAAUACUUUUUUUCCUUGUUCUUGAACACCUUUCAUAUCCCAAAUUACAUCCCAUCUUUGUGGUGAACCACUGAUAAACCAUUCCACGCAGGGCCGGACUGGAAGAAAAAUUCAACCGGGGCAAUUAAAGGCAGAGCAGCCCACUAGAAGGGGUGAGGCCAGAAAUGGGGCAUGCACUGUCACCACCACUGACACCCCCACCCCCUCCCCCCCCACCAAAUGAGAAUGUUAAUGUGAUGCUUCUCCAGAGCAUCCAGUGCUCUUAAAUGAAGUAAAUGUGUGUGUAGUGUGUUUGUGUGUUAGUGCAGUAUGUAUAUAGAGGUACAGAGUGUGUGUAGUGUGUUUGUAAGUGCAGCGUGUAUAUAGGGGUAUAGAAUGUGUGUAGUGUUUUUGUUUGUUAGUGCAGGGGGUGCAGUAUGUAUAUAGGGGUAUAGAGUGUGUGUAGUGUGUUUGUGUGUUAGUGCAGGGGGUACGGUGUGUAUAUAGGGGUAUAGAAUGUGUGUAGUGUUUUUGUUUGUUAGUGCAGGGGGUGCAGUAUGUAUAUAGGGGUAUAGAGUGUGUGUAGUGUGUUUGUGUGUUAGUGCAGGGGGUACGGUGUGUAUAUAGGGGUAUAGAAUGUGUGUAGUGUUUUUGUUUGUUAGUGCAGGGGGUGCAGUAUGUAUAUAGGGGUAUAGAGUGUGUGUAGUGUGUUUGUGUGUUAGUGCAGGGGGUACGGUGUGUAUAUAGCGGUAUAGAGUGUGUUUCUGUGUUAGUACAGGGGGUACAGUGUGUGUAUAUAGGGGUACAGAGUGUGUUUGUGUGUUAGUGCAGGGGGUACAGUGUGUACAUAGGGGUAUAGAAUGUGUGUAGUGUGUUUGUUUGUUAGUGCAGGGGGUGCAGUAUGUAUAUAGUGGUAUAGAGUGUGUUUAUUGUGUUAGUGCAGGGGGUGCAGUAUGUAUAUAGGGGUAUAGAGUGUGUAGUGUGUUUGUGUGUUAGUGCAGGGGGUGCAGUGUGUAUAUAGGGGUAUAGAAUGUGUGUAGUGUGUUUGUGCAGGGGUUGCAGUAUGUAUAUAGGGGUGUAGAGUGUGUGUAGUGUGUUUGUGUGUUAGUGCAGGGGGUGCCGUGCGUAUAUAGGGGUAUAGAGUGUGUGUAGCGUGUUAGUGCAAGGGGUGCCGUGUGUAUAUAGAGGUAUAGAGUGUGUGUAGUGUGUUAGUGCAGGGGGUGCAGUGUGUUUAUAGAGGUAUAGAGUGUGUGUAGUGUGUUAGUGCAAGGGGUGCAGUGUGUAUAUGGGGGUAUAAAGUGUGUGUUUGUGUGUUAGUUAGUGCAGGGGGUGCCAGGUCUAUAUAGGGGUAUAGUAUGUGUGUAAUGUGUUUGUUUGUUAGUGCAGGGGCUGUAGUGUGUAUAUAGGGGUAGAGACUGUGUGUAGUGUGUUUGUGUGUUAGUGCAGGGGCUGUAGUGUAUAUAUGGGGGUAUAGAGGGUGUGUAGUGUGUUUGUGUGUUAGUGCAGAGGCUGUAGUGUAUAUAUGGGGGUAUAGAGGGUGUGUAGUGUGUUUGUGUGUUAGUGCAGAGGCUGUAGUGUAUAUAUGGGGGUAUAGAGUGUGUGUAGUGUGUUUGUGUGUUAGUGCAGAGGCUGUAGUGUUUAUAUGGGGGUAUAGGGUGUGUGUAGUGUGUUUGUGUGUUAGUGCAGGGGGUGGAGUGUGUGUGUUAGAGCAGGGGGUGCAGUGUGUGUAGUGUGUUUGUGUGUUAGUGCAGAGGCUGUAGUGUUUAUAUGGGGGUAUAGAGUGUGUGUAGUGUGUUUGUGUGUUAGUGCAGGGGGUGGAGUGUGUGUGUUAGAGCAGGGGGUGCAGUGUGUGUAGUGUGUUUGUGUGUGUAAGUAUUUGAGGGUGUGUAUAUUAGAUAUGGGCUUAAAUUAUUAAUUUAAUAAUUAAAAAAAUAAAAUGAAAAAUAUCACAUUUACUUCCCCUUAUAACCUUGCAGGGGGUAGAGGGAACAUGGAUUUACCUGGUGGUCCAUUGAGGGGGGGGGGAGGGGCACGCCGCACACAGGUCCCUGGUGGUCCAGCCGGCAGGUUAUUUGGUACCUCUGCAGGGUACAGACCAUGUCUCUCUCCCUCUCGCUAGCGCUGAUUUUUCAGAUCGUUGCCGUGGUAACUCACUCUGAUAAUCUCAGAGCACGCGAGAGGGAGAGAAGAAAGCUGCACGCAUGGAGGGUGUCCGGCUCACUGCCCAAUCCACCCUCCGGCCCAUGAUGGGACAGAACUCUAUAUUGGGGCUGGUGCUUCCCUGCAUGGGCCGGUAGGGUAGAUCUCUUAAUCUUUCCUGCCGGCCUUGGCUCAUGGCCAUCGCGGCCCACCGGGCAAAUUUGCCCGGUUUGCCCGAUGGCAGUCUGGGCCUGAUUCCACAUAUCCAUGUUAAUGUAGUGCAUUGUGAAAACCCAGCUGUUGCUACAGUGACGAGAUUCUCUUGUAGUGGUGGUUGGUGUAGUUUCUCUAUGUUUUCCUUGGCCUUUUUCUAUAUUUUUCUACCCAACAGAUCCUAUACCAAGGUACAUUGGCUGGUUUAAAAUAGGGUUUUAGUUCACAUUUACAAGUUCAUUCAUAAAAGUUCUAAAAUAAGGUCUCAAAUAUACAGAGAAAAAAAUCUAUGCAAAGUCAUCUAAGCUUCCAGUUCAGCUACUCUACACAACUGGGAGUUGUUUCCGGUUCUGGAUCUUACAACAAAGCAUUGACUGACAGGUGUGCUCUGCUUAUAAAAGGGCUUCUGAAGCCAAUAUCCUGGUUUCACCUGUAGGUGGGGUUACAUAUAUAUAUGUAACUGUGGGACUCAGCACCAUCUGGCCUACAUCAUGGUCCUCGCUCUGCCCCCUAGUUACAACCCCUCUGUUUUAGAAUCACUGUCCAGUUGACCUACACGGCGGCCGCCAUCUUGGGUGGAUAUGAUGACCGCCGCGGGUUCCCUGGCCAUAGACUGAGGUGCAGAGAGUGUUGACUGGUGAGUAGGAACCACAGGCACCAUGAUCGCUACAGACCGGUUUCCAAAUUUUAACUUUAGAUUCUCACAUUAGUAAAUAAUCCUGUUAGUGUUGGCCAAGUCUAAUAUUAGAAACAUGAAUUAGAUUCAUGUUCAGUGGCUACCUCUGAGAAAAACAAAAAUUCCCUGACUAUUUGAGAAAGGAUCAGGCAUUAAUCUCCCCGUUACUCUCACCACAGAUGUGGUAGAAACUCCUGAGCACUAUAGAGUUAACUGCAUGAUGGAGAGUAAACAUGAGGAUCCAUGAAGGUCACUGAGUGACACAUGAAUUCCUGUUUUUAGUAGAAAAGAUUUAAUACUUUUGAUAGUUAUGAGACACCUUACCAGUCGAGCCAAUAGCCAACUCCCCAUACAAUCCAUUGUUAAUGUGUAAGCCAGCCACCACAGGGGAAUAUCUGUGUGACCAAAACCACAAUGUAAGUGGGUCCAGAAAUGAAGUUAUAUUGUAUCCAUGUUAGUGCCGUUAAACAUAUGAUCUGUUUUAUCUUGAGCAUAUCUUCCAAGAUCUUCCAAGCUUAUAGAGCCUCUAAUAGCACACACUGUCCUUCCCUAGUAUUCUAAAAAUGUGGUCAAACAGAAUGUUCUGAAAAUAUGCCAAGUUUUUUUCAUUAAAGGGACUCUAAUGGCACCCAGACCAGUUCAUUUCAAUGAAAUGAUCUGGAUGCAGCGCCGUGGAUGUUUUAACCAUGCAAUGGAAGACAUUUUGUAGCCAAUGGUUUUAUUAAAGGGUUAAACUCAUCUCUUCUUGGCACCUCCUCAGUGAGAACCGAGUCAGACUCAGAUCUCAUUUAAGUGCUGCUCAUAGUAAGCAUUUGAUUGGCACAGUGAUUGCCGCGCAUGUACACUAGGCUAAGAUCAGUGAAGCUCUCAGCCAAAAAAGCAUGGCAACCAAAGCGAGACCAGCGUGCUGCGAGAUAUAACCUAAGUAAAUCUUUUUUUAACCCUUGCAGAGGGGUAAUAAUCCAACUAGUAGGGAGAACAUUAUAGCAGUAGAAAUACAUGUUUGUAUUCCUAACACUAUACUGUUCCUUUGAGGUUCCUGCUGUGUAACAAUGAUAGUAAUGUCACAACAAAUAGGAGUUGUAAAACCCACUAUUUACUUUUUGCUGUUUAUCCUUUCUCCAUCAGCACCGAAUUCCUCUACCCGAUGUAUUACGGAGGCAUCUGUAAAUUUCCUGGUUGUGAGAAGGUCUUUGCAGAUCAUCGUCAUUUCCUCAGGUAGGGGAAGCACACUGUAUGUAAUUACUAUAAAACCAGUGAUUUCAAGAUGCUAAUUAAAGGACCACUAUAGUGCCAGGAAAACAUACUCGUUUUCCUGGCACUAUAGUGCCCUGCGGGUGCCCCCACCCUCAGGGUCCCCCUCCCGCCCGGCUCAGGGGAGAGGAAAGGGGUAAAAACUUACCUUUUUCCAGCGCUGGGCAGGGAGCUCUCCUCCUCCGAUCCUCCUCCGUUCUUCCCCGUCGGAUGAAUGCGCACGCGCGGCAAGAGCUGCGUGCGCAUUCAGCCGGUCGCAUAGGAAAGCAUUAUCAAUGCUUUCCUAUGGAUGCUUGCAUGCUCUCACUGUGAUUUUUACAGUAAGCAUCACGCAAGCGCCUCUAGCGGCUGUCAAUGAGACAGCCGCUAGAUCUUUGGGGGAAGGCUUAACCCAUUUAUAAACAUAGCAGUUUCUCUGAAACUGCCAUGUUUAUAAAAAAAUGGGUUAACCCUAGCUGGACCUGGUACCCAGACCACUUCAUUAAGCUGAAGUGGUCUGGGUGCCUAGAGUGGUCCUUUAAUUCUCGAUUUUAUUUCAAGUUGUAUGGUAGUUUACCAUGAAAUGACCAGUGGGCCCAAAGUGAUUAUCCCCACGGAUAUUCAUUCAAGUGAGCCAUAUGGAGCUUGGCAUUCAUUCUAUCUGAGCCAUAUGGAGGUUGGCAUAUCACUUGAUUUGAGGCACAUCCAAAGUUUUAUGAACAUCCAUUCUGGUUAGCUGAGUUUGAAGGGAACACAAUGAAAAUUUUGUUGCAUGGACCCCGGUUUAACACUCAAGCCUCAUAUCCACAAUGACAUUUCAAGAGUUAUAUGAGCUACAUGUUAUAAUAGGUCACCUAAGUGACAUUUAAAGCAUACUCCAAGCAUCAUAACCACUACAGCCCAUUGUAGUUAGGAGCACCAGGGUGCAGUUUCCCAGUAAUUAGUCAAGCUUUUACAACAGUUUGUCGCUUAUCUGGGUCUUACCAGGCCCUGGGUCUCCACUCCUGUUGGCUGUGAUGACAUUGGUCUACUGCAAAGCUGCAGCAGCUGGAUUCCGAUACUGAUGGCCAUUUAUUGGCUGACAGUAUCAGCUGUGCGCUCUCAGCCAAUGUUGGACAUUCUGUGUAUAGAAGUAUGCACAGAAUUGACAUUAGCCAGCCUGGAAUUCUUGUUCUAGGUUGGUGACUGACGCCCCCAAUGAUGCUACUGAAUGUGGACUUACUACUCCGAAAGCAAAUAGGUUAAACUCUAUAUGUGAAGCAUUUUAUAGUGAAAAGCUGCACAUACAGACUCCAGGCACCGUGACCGCUCCAAAUCACCGAAGUAGUCAUAGUUCUUGGCGUAAACUCAAAUGAAUUUCUUAACAAAGUACUAAAAACCUCAAAAACUUUAUCAUUGUUACCAUUUCUUUUCAGGCACCUACACAAUGAUCAUAAUCUGGGUGAUAAAAGUACCAUGCAAUGCCUUAUCCAGAAUGAAGUGGUCCAUAGUCUAGAAGAGCAGGUAAGUCCACCCAAACACUUGCGGAAUUCUGUUUCUAAGCACCUAAUGGUUUGGGCUCUGCCAUCACAAUUGAGACACAUUUCCGUAUUUGUACUACGUCUGCAUAGUGUACUACUUAACUUUAAUUUUUAACAUUUGCCUUCUCUCUGAAACUGUCACUGCUUUCUAUAUAACCUGCUAUUUUUCUGUAUGUGGGUCACUUGGAAUAAAGUCCUUCCAUGUGGGUAUAUUUUUCACUUCGACAUCCCUCAUAAGUCCAUCUCCAUUUAGUGCAGAGGUGUCAAACAGUCCUUGAUGUUCAAGAUCCAACCGCAGUUUUAAUGUUUCUUUUUCAUCUUUUUGCUGCUGGGCUGUGGGUCAGGACAUGGGGAUAAUGGGGUGCUACUGGGCUGUGGCACAGGAAGUGGAGAGAAUGGGCUACUACUGGGCUGCCUGUGGAAUGUUAUGAGCUGUGGGAAGGGAUGUGGGAGUACAGGUAACUAUUGGACUAAUGCUGGGCUAUGGGGGAAUGGGGAAAUACUGGGCUCUAGGAUGGGAUAGAGGGGAGAAUUGGCUACUGCUAUGCAGUGGGGAGUAAAAAGAUGUGAAUGGACUAUUGCUAGGCUAUAGGACAGAAUGAGAUAGGAUGGGCUACCACUAUACUAUGGGGCAGGAUGGGAGGGUAAUGGGAUGGUGGGGGGAAUAUAUAUAUAUAUAUAUAUACACACUCACACGUAUAUUCCUGGGAUAGUCCACUAGGGUUGAUUGAUGGGCCUGAAAUCCACAAUGUCAGUAAAUAGUUGUGAUAGUCUGUGUUUGUUCCAGCUGGCAGUAGAAAAGAAGAAACUCUAUGAGAUGCAGAAGCAGAUGGCUGGAAAAAUAAACAUCCAAACAGUCCACCUUCCUGUAAGUUACCUCACAAUGAAAUGUUACAGUCCUCAUUGCCAGUUAGGGAGAGGGUAAAUGGACCGUCCAAUCACCUGUCUUGUUUCCACCCUGCACAGAAGCAGAGGGAGCACAACCUCAUCCUACACCACCCCAGUGUCUCUUCCUGGCCUGGUCUGAAUGUAUCGGUCCCAUUCCAAAAGGAAUUCCCCGAAACAGUUCUGGCUGUGAGACAACAUCUCUGGGAAGGGAGCAGUAUUAAUAUAUUUCAAGGUAUGGACUGACUAGCUUGCUACAUAAUAACAGCCAUAUAUUAUCCACAUAGGGCAAUGACACAGGACUGGAUACCCGGGGAAGUUGCCUAGGAUGCCGCUUUUAGGGGUGCCACCAGAGGUGUCAGCCAAAUCUUUUCCAGUGAAGACAAAGCCAUAAUUUCUAUAAACACUUAGGCUCAAUCUUAAUUACAUGAAAGACAAAUUCUAGUGGGGAGGAUCUUCUAUCUUCUUGCCCUGUGUGUGCGGCCAAUGCCAACGUGUGCCACAUGUAAUGGGCUGUUUCUAAUUAUUACCACACCCACUCCUAGAUAAGAUAUCAUUUUUAUUUUAAUAUCUACCAUUAUGAAGUGCUGGAAAUUAAAUCCAGACCUGGCUGUGUUACAAUAACAUGUGGUUGUCCAUAAAUUGUUGCACACCUCAAGUAAAAUUUAGAUGAUGAAAGUUGAAGUCCAGCAACAGUUGUCGUAGAAAAUAAAUACCUAGAAUGAUGACUCUUUAGAGGUGAAGUUAGAAAUGUAAUGGUAAUUGACAAAGUAAUUUGGGACUAACCACAAAACUUUGGAUUGGAAGACUUGUUAAGGGAAUUGUAAAUGUUAUGCCAAGUCCGAAGAAUUCUGAAACUCAACUAUUUUUCCAGUUAAACUUUUUCAAACUAAUAUUUACAAUUGCCUUGUCAUCUUCACAUUGUUCCCACUUUAAUAAAUUAACCAUUUAUGUUUAUAAUUAUUGGUUAUGCAUAAGAUCACUAACAUGUUUUACUGCACAAUAGACAGGCUAAUUUUACAUAUGUGUAACUUUAUGUUUUUGUCAAAGCAAUCUGUGUUGUAAUAUCCUACUAUUAAUUUUGCUCAGGUACAAUGCAAGAAUCAUUACCCAAGGUUCCUUCAUCUUUUCAAUGGCUCUAGGAUCCUCACUUAAUUAAACUGUAUGAGUGCUAAAAUGUCCUCUUUAUUAACCUGGUCCUGAACAAUGUGUUUUUUUUUAAUCAUUCAGAUAUGACAAACUGUAUUGAAUAUUACAAAGUAAACUGCGUCAGACCACCAUUCACAUACGCCUCUCUCAUUCGAUGGGUAAGAAAUCAAGUAACACCAAUGACUGUUAAUAAGUCACAUAAUAUACACUAGGCAUUUUUGGUGGUCACUUUAAUGGGAUACUGUCAUUUCUCUGUAAUUUACAUCACUAUGUAAAACACUGAGAAUAACUUGUGUUAACCUUUUUUACAUGAAAUGCUCUAUUUUCUUUUAAAUAUUUAUUAAAGAUUUAGCAAAUUACAUCAAAACCAGUCCAGACAAGGCAAAGCCAGACCCCACACAAUGCAGAUCAGGAGGGUAAAUAAAAACAUUGUUUAAAUUCUCAUCUUCUUUAUAAGCUUUGUCAAUACUGGCUGCCAGAUGCAAAGAACAGAGCUUAUAACACUGAUUGACAGGGAGCUAAGAUAAAGAUGCCCAGUUACAGGAUGAAGAGGUGAUAUUUUAUAUUUCACACACUGCAAAUACAUAGUUGUUAAAAAUAGGGACAAGUAAACAGAAUACUAAAAAUUCAGAGAAGAGAUUGUUCCUCUUUAAUGACUACCUUGCACUGUGCAAUAUGUCUGGAAAGCAAAGCAUUCUGGGACAGAUUAUGCAAUGAAGUACCACCCACAUUAAAUAUUAGGGACGGUAUCUUUAUAUUCCUUGGAUUAAAACUGAAGCAGGCCAAGUAUUUAAUUUGUAUUAUAUCAUCAUAACUAUAUAUUCAGCUAGCACAGUAAACAGAAGAUUAAGAGAUUAAAGGGACACUAGUUGUUCUGGUGUCUAUGGCAUGUCCCUGCAGGCUUUUCACUGUAAAUACUGCCUAGUGGCACAUGGUGCCUAGUAACACCUCUAGUAGCAGUCACUUAAAUGGCCUCUGGAGAUGCUUCCUGGGCCAGUGCUGCACAGAGUGCAGCACUGAUGUUAAGCAUUGCCAUGCUCUGCAUGGAGACACUGAAAGCUCCCCAUAUCGGUGUAUUGAUUGCCCUCUAUGAGGAGAUGCAGAUUGUUGCAGCACUGUGCUUUGCUGCGCAUACACAAGAGCUUCCCAAAGAUUUCCCAUGGGAAAGUUUGAGGAACUCAGCCAGGGAGGCGGAGUGGGGUGGGCCCAGCCGUGGUGUAAACUCACCUUUUUAAAUACAGACAAGGUGGGGCCAGUGACCUAAAUGAUGUUUUAAAAACUAUAGUGUCAGGAAUACAUGUUUGCAUACCUAUUAAAACAUAGCUAUGUGUAGUGUGCAGUCUAAAAUGGUUUUAAUAUUCCGCUCCCCCCAUGAGUGGACAUAUAGAAAUGUUACGUAUGUUUGAAUUUUACAAAAUGAUCUGUCGCAAGGGAUCACCGUAUAAAUUAGUUAAACUUAAUCUGCUUAGCGGGAAGUUACCAAAUGUUUAUUCUGAUGAAAUUUAAAUGCUUUGUUGCCCCUGGGAGUUAAUUUUACAUCAGCCUUUUAAUUAGCCUGAAAUAGGUACACAGAAUCCAUGCCAAGUAAUUAUCCAGAACAGUCUAAGUAUGAUGAAAUAAUGGAUGCAAAGCUUUCUCCUAGUUCAAUGUAUCACACGUGCAAUAUACACUAAAAGAGACAGUAGUGCUUAAAAUUAAAGUGACAUAAAGUCUUAAAUUAUGCUUCCUUGAGUGGUUGAACAGUAAAUGGCAAAAGGGACAUAUAUGUAAGGGUGUUAUUGGAGCCGAAUUUUGAUAUAAAGGAAAUUUACUAAAACAGAGGGUAAGUAAAGACAGAUAGGGUUGGAGAGAACGGUAGAAGAUAGCUGGAUGGAGAGAGAGAGAGAUAUUUUAAAAAGAAACAAAGAUGUAAUGACAUGUGAGGAAAAACUACUAGUGGGAGAAACUUGGAAAAUUAUUAGUAAAGAACUUUUCCUGCACCGUUGCCUUGUCUACCAUCUUGUUUAGCUUCUGGUGCUUGUGGUAAAUUGUAUCAUCCUGAAUAAUUACAUUCAGAUUCUAAUAUGUUCAGUUAUGUACUAAAAUUAUCAAAUACAAUGUAUUAUAGAAGCAAAAGCUGAUAUAACGACACAGCCGUAACAAUGUAAAAUGACCCCUUUACACUGAUUGACACCUCACAGCUGAUCAGUCUGGAGAGUCAGGAGCAGAAUUGAGAUACGUCCCAACCAAUUAGCAGCAGAAGCCAUUAAUGUCUAAUAUCCUCUCCCUGGAUACAGUGCCUCUGUGGGAUUUGUAUUCUCUGCUGAUUAAGUAAUCCACUAAACACCAACAUCUAGUGAACUGAAGGGAAAUAUUACAAAGUGUAGUAAAAUAAAAGGCAGAUUUUUGAAAAAUAAUCCAACUCAGCUAUAGUCAAAGCUUGACAAUGUCAGCAUGAAUUUGCAAUUUGGUUUUCAAUUCAGUAUUUAGUGAAUAAUUCCCUCGGUUUUGGAACGCUUUAACCUUAUCUGACUUCAUUUUGGUUUUCGUUACCCUUUAGGCUAUCCUGGAAUCCCCCCAGAAACAGCUGGCACUAAAUGAGAUUUAUCAUUGGUUUACCAGAAUGUUUGCAUUCUUCAGGUCCAACAAGAUCACAUGGAAGGUAAUCACUGCCUCGGGAAACGCACAGAGAUUUCUGGGUAUUAACAAUUCUCAGUCUAGUGUGCUGUGGUGUUCUAGCGUAGACGUCCAUCAUUCACAGCACACUGUAGCGGCUCACCUGCCAAGUGUGUUUACUCAGCACGUAUUGUUACCAAUGGAGGAUCUCUGACUACAUUUUAAGAUUGUCCCAAGUCUUUCAGAAGUUCUGAAUAUAACCCAGAAUUUACUGACCAAACCUAUUACUAUUAUUGACAUUUAUAUAGCGCCAACUUAUUCUGCAGCGCUUAACAAUAUAAUAAAAGGGGGACAUUUAACAUUAAAUGAGACAAUUACAAAAUGUUACAGGAACAAUAGGUUGAUGAGGACCCUGCUCAGACAAACUUACACUAUAGAGCAGGGGUAGGCAACCUUCGGAACUCCAGAUGUUGUGAACUACAAUUACCAUAAUGCUCUUGCAGCCAUAAUGCUGGGAAAGCAUCAGGGGAUAUGUAGUCCUCAACAUCUAGGCCCUGAUCUAGAGGGUCUCCCCCAAUCUGUACUGUGUUUGAGUCAAAUUGUUGCCUGAUCUAUCUAACACAUGAUAAUAGGUUAGCUUGUUGCAAGGACUCUGUAAUUUCUACUCCACUCUGAUCUACUCUUGAACAUUUAGAUGAUCUGGUCUGAUGAUUGUACCUCUUUAUUAAAGAGGCACUCUAAACAACAUGGCAACUAAAGUUGACUGUAAUGGUUAUGUUUUCUCGGGUCCCCUAGCUCCAUCCCUUGCUUGAUAUCAAACAGCUUAAUAACCAUCUAUUAUAAACGGAGACUCUUCCCAAUGCCGAGAUACCUCCCCCAUUUAUUCCACAUUGAUAAUGCAAAAUUAACACUUAUCAAUGUCAAUUUCAUCCACCUUUGGCUGAGAUUAAUAGGGGAAGGUUAGUGUUAAUUUUGCAUUAUCAAUAAGGCUGAGAUGGGUGGUUCCUGGGUGCCAAAAAAAAAAAACUUUAGUUGUUAUUAAACCAUUCUUAGAUAUGGUUUAAUAUUAAAAUGAAGAAAAUAAUUAGGUGAUCAUAGAUGGCUUAACCACUACAGGGAGAUGUAAUGAUAAUUUGCUUAAGAAUUUAAGAUGGAUUUAAAGUAAAUUUCAAAUUUGAGGUCAAAAUAGCCAAACAAGUUAGAUAUGCUUUCAGUUCGACUACUCUAGGCCUUAAAUUUGAAAUUCACUUUGAAUUCUAACUUUAUUGAAUAACCUUGUAGAUAUUGCAAUAGUCUCAUAGGGGAUUAAGAAUGAAUAGAAAUCUAGAAAUGUGUUUUUGUUUGGGGUUUUUUAUUUCAAUGAGAAAGUAAAGUGUGACACAUAACUGAGUUUUCUGUUUCUAACUGAUAAUUUGUGAUAAAAAAAAAGCUAAAAAGUGAAAAGAGAGGAAGUGAAAGUCUCAUUGAUUAAAGAAAGGUCAAAGCCGUUAUGCAGGGAAGGUGUCCCGUCUACCCUCAAACUUUCACAGUACUUCUGAUCUGAAGUUAUUAGCCACUUCUGUAGUACGCGUUGUUUGGUAGAUACCUGGUUUCAAUUUACAUUAGUAUAUUAAACACCAUAACCACUGCACAACACUGUAGUGGUUAUGGUGCCAGGAGUGCCUAAUGUAAGUAGACAUUGUUCCAAUCAACUCUCCUUCUAUUCUCUUACUUUCACUUUGUUCUUUCUUCUUCAUUUUUUUUCUUUCUUUCUUUUUACCUUAAUCAUUAUUUUUGAAUUUGAAAUCUGUCUACUCCUACUGCCUCGCAACCCAGAAGUCUCGCUCUGCCCUAGUGAUUCACCAAUAUAUUAUGAAAAGUUACCAACAGAAAAAAAUAAUUACAGUAGAAGUUCUUUAUGAAUUAUACAUGAGCAGCACCCUACGAGAACCACAUAUUAGACAUGAUUACAGAGAUCAAUUAAUUAGCUGAACUGAAUAACUUUCUAUCCAUCUGAGCUGUUCAUUAUUAAUCCUUGGAGGUUCUGCUCCACACAGGAAGACCAUCAGACAGGGAGUCCUAUUAUUUUUAAUCAAAGAUAAUUAAACACGCGCAUAAUUUUAUUAACUCCUCAAUAAUUAAAUAACCACCAACAACGCAGAGUUUUCGAAAAUAAUUACCGGUAAUUUGAUUUGGGGAAAACUUAGUAUUUUUCUGGGCAGUGUUAUGGCUUUCCAAGUUAACAGAACUGUAUUAUUUAUAUGACAUUCACUUGAUAUAUUGAGGGAUUAUACAAAACCAUGUUUUUAUUGAGUGGCCUAACUCAUUUCUAUAAUUCUAGAAUGACCAAUUUUGUUGGUAAGAACAUUUUUGGACCAGCCAUAUGUUUACAAACGGUAGACGUGAAUUUGAUGGUCUAACAUAACCUCUUCCUACCCGUCUUCUCUCAACAGAAUGCAGUUAGACACAACCUAAGCCUCCACAAAUGUUUUGUGCGAGUUGAGAAUAUUAGAGGAGCUGUUUGGAUGGUUGACGAGCUGGAAUUUCAAAGGAAAAGAGGGGUGCGAAGUUCACGCUGAGUAACGGCGCGACUAUACGGCUUUGGCACUUCAACACACGGGGCUCCUUGUGUACAAACCAUCCUCCCCCUAUGUAACUAGUGGUGUAUAAUUCUCCACCUGGCAAUAAAGUUUGACUGGUGUUGUAUCCACAUCUACACCUCGAUACAGAUCUAAAGACUGUUUCACGACAAAUGUUCGCUGGUAAAAAUUCUGAAUCUUUUUUCUUCCCUCUUUUUCACUGCGUGAGCCAGACAUAUGCUCGGGAUUUACAACAGUUAUAAAAUGUAAACUGUUUUCCGCUACACAUCACAAAAUGUGGCUUUCCUGGAAAUGUUCACAUUUCGAAAGCCAAUCCAAAUCACACACAAGGAUUUAAUGAAUGAAAAUGUUCACGAAUGUGCCUUAAUGUGUACAUAUAACCUGAUAUAUAAACAAAAACCUUUAUAUUAAAAUGUACUGCUCUACUUUUUGAAUAAAAUAU